CCAACUUCAUACAAAGUACUUGUGAAUCAUAAUGGUGCUCUAUCACUUAUUUUACUACAUAUUUGAAAAUUCUAUAAUUGUUCGAAAACUUUUUAUAACUGAUAACGUGUAUUCCAAAUUACAUGUCCAACAAAAUCUAUGGAUACUUUUAUUCACAACUUUAGGAAUUUGGUAUAUAAAAUACUUGUGGUCUAGAAGAAAAUUAUACUGGUAUUCGAUGAACAUACCCGGACCAUUUGGCUUACCUCUUAUUGGUUCUGCGGUCAUGUUCAUUGGAAAAGAAAGUAAAAUAUUAUCAACUUUACAAUCAAUCCAACAACAGUAUUCUGGAAUAUACAAAUUGUGGAUGGGUCCUGAUCUAUAUUUUAUGGUAUCUGAUCCUAAAUAUAUCGAAAUAAUCCUAAAUAGCCCUCGAGCUAUAGAAAAGCAAUUUUAUAUAUAUGAACCGUUUGCUGAAAUACUUGGAGAUGGGCUACUUACGACGAAUGCGAAAAAAUGGAGACAUCACCGCAAAACAAUAACACCGUCUUUUAAUCAGAAAAUUUUGGAAUCUUUCGUUGAUGUGUUCGCUGAUAAGAGCAAAGUAUUUGCUGAAAAAAUUAGUGAGCUUGUUGGGAAAAAAGAUGUCGACUGGUAUAUUUUAGUGUCAAGAUGUACCUUGGAUACUAUUUGUGAAACUGCUAUGGGUAUAAACAUGAACGUGCAAGAAGUAAAUGAAUGUAGUCUAGGAGAGUGUAUUGAAAUAUUAAUGGAGUUAGCUAACAUACGAGUAUUCAAUGUUUAUUAUCAGAAUCCACUAGCUUGGAAAAUGUCAAAAAUGAAACAAGAAUUUGAUGAGAACAAUAAUCAUUUCCAAAAUGUUAUUUCAGGGAUAAUCAGAAAAAAGAAGGAAGAAUUUAAUCUAAACCAAUUAAGAGAUUUAACUUAUAACGAAGAUGGUAUUAAGAAGAAAAACCUAGCAUUUCUUGAUUUACUUUUAGAAAAUUCCGAUUUGACCGAAACGGAAUUACGUGCUGAAAUUAAAACCUUUGUAGGCGCAGGUACAGAAACAUCCGCAGCAUCUAUUUGUGCCGUAUUUACAGUAUUAGGAAUGUUUCCAGAUAUCCAGCAAAAGCUUUACGAAGAAAUGGUGGAUAUAUUAGGUUUAGAGCGUGAUGUAACUGCAUCUGACUUGCCAAAAAUGAAAUAUACAGAGAGGGUUAUAAAAGAAACUUUAAGAUUAUUUCCUGUUGCUCCAGCUUUCGCAAGAACAUUGACUGGAGACAUUAAUCUAGGUGAUAAAAUAUUACCUAGCGGCUGUUCAGUAGCUUUUGUUGUUGCCUACAUCCACAGGAACCCAGAAUAUUGGCCCGAUCCGUUAAAAUUUGAUCCCGAUCGAUUCCUACCCGAAGAAGUAGCCAAACGGCAUCCUUGCACGUACAUACCAUUUUCGUAUGGUCCCAGAAAUUGCAUAGGAGGAAGAUACGCCAUAUUAAACAUCAAAACAGUUCUAGCGACAGUUAUACGCCAGUUCAAAAUCUUUUCUGAGUACAAAUCAAUAGAAGAAAUUGAACUUAAAUUGCAAAUGUUGCUCAGAUUCAAAGAUGGAUAUAAAGUUUGGUUAGAAGAUCGUUAGAAGCAUUAAAUAAUGUUAUUUGUUACUUUUAGGCUCUAUUAUUUUAUAUUUGAUAUAAAAAUUUACUGUGAUUGGUAAAAAAUGAGAU